AUCACUUGAGCAAACGAAAUGCCUCAGAAAAACGCUGACCGUCUUCAGCGGCCUAUCGAAAAAAGCGGGUCCCUCUCGCGAGCAUUUCGCAAACGCUUAAACUCCAACCAGCUCGUCGGUCUCGCCGCAAGCGCCCAGCGAGCGGGCGCCUUACUCAACCGGCUGCCACGCCUGCGUUUUAGCCCCUACGCCACUGGUUGCGACCCCUUAUCGCUAAGACGUACGGCCGGCCCAUGCAGCCCGCUGCGAGCCGGUUGAUAAAGAAGUUCCGCACCGUGCCCGGCGACAAACACACUAUUACAAAAAUGAUGCUCACUAAGUCCGUUGUUAUUAGCCGGCCGGCCGUGCGCCCUGUCUCCACCCGCCGCGCGGUGGUGGUCCGCGCUAGCGGCCAGCCCGCUGUGGACCUGAACAAGAAGGUUCAGGACGCCGUGAAGGAGGCUGAGGACGCUUGCGCCAAGGGCACCUCCGCGGACUGCGCCGUGGCCUGGGACACCGUUGAGGAGCUCAGCGCUGCUGUCUCGCACAAGAAGGAUGCCGUCAAGGCCGACGUCACCCUGACCGACCCCCUGGAGGCUUUCUGCAAGGAUGCCCCCGAUGCCGAUGAGUGCCGCGUCUACGAGGAUUAAGCAGCUCACCCAACACGCUUUGGGCGGGCGGCAAGGCCUCGUGGCAGCAGCGGCGCUAGUGCAGCACGUUGGUGCCUUGAGGAAGGACAACUAGGUGGUUGAGUGGCGCACGGUAUGGCGGGUUGCACAAUGCAACCGGCCAGCUGGGCGAAGGGAGUUCGAGCGGUGCAGGUGUGUGGGAGCCUGGAGCCCGCGUUCCGUCGGACGUUCGCCGCGUGCAGAUUUGCGCAGCUGGCGCUUCUUUUCGGAGUUUUCGGGCUAGGAUAGGACCAGCCCUUGAUCGUGGCAGACCCGAGCAGUUCGGAGCGAUGUGGUGAGCAGCAGGGCCGGGCCGGGCGUCCGGCUCCGUGUCCUGUAGUUUUGGUGUGGGGCACUGUUUGGCCCCGCUUGUACCGGUUUCCCCUGUUGUACAGAGUCGUCGGUGUCGACACAUGAUGAAAGGAAUUCAUGCAUCAUGGUACAAAAUAAUGAAUGUAACGGCGCAAGCCGUGCACGCACAAGCUGUCCUGAUGAUAGCGUAAUGGUUUCAAUGCGGGCUGCCGUUCAUGAGGAUGGGUUCAGUGACAAUCUGGGUGGGCAGCGCAUGGAGCGUGAAGAAAUAGCAGUGACCAGCCAGCAGGAAAACUCCUGCCUACGGGAAUCUCAGCCAAGGAAUGCGGCAUGGCGAAGCCUGUCAGCAACCCGACACGGCGAAGCAGUGACCACGGCCAAGCUACAGCGGCUCAGUAGCACGAUUAGCUUUUGCGCCAGGCGCACGUGAGCGCACUGCUUUGUAUUCACGCCUGCUAUCUGUUUCCACACUUGCCUUCGCCCACGCCUUCACCUGCAACUUCCGUGUUCGUCAAC